AUAUAAGCAGUACCGGAAGAGGGACCAUGGCGCAAUCCCCAGGGAGCAGCGACGCCGCGAGAAAUGGCCGCCCUCCGCUACUCCGCCGCUCGACACUCUCUUCGCUCCCGAGCUUGCCUCUUCUCCGCCGCCGGAAACACCCGCGGAAUGCAUUCCCGAUCGCGCUCCUCCUCCUCCUCCGGCGGCGAAUCACGGCCGGACCCCUCCAUCGAACGGCCCGCGCCGCCGCACCUAAUCCCUCUUCCACCUCCGCCUGCUAGCCCUGACCCUGACCGGGCUCGCUACUUCGACUUCUCGCAGGACGCCUUCAACGCCAUCUCCGACCUGUUCGCGAACCCCAGCCUCGCCGCCGGUCCUGCUCUCGACUCCGCGCUCGAUGAAGCCGGUAUCCAACCUCGGAGCGAGCUCAUGGAGGCGAUAUUCGCUCGUUUCGAUUCGUCUCCGAAGUUGCUGUUCGGUCUGUUUCGCAGGGCGGAGAAGAAGCCGGAGUUUCGGCCGUCCGCCGCGCUGUUCAACUCGAUGAUCAACGCGCUAGGAAAGGCGAGGGACUUCGAUUCCGCCUGGGAGCUGAUCAACGGUCGUCUCCAGGGCAAUGGGCAGUCUAUGCUGGUUUCGGUGGAUACUUUCGCGAUAAUGAUCAGACGAUAUACUCGAGCAGGUAGGACUCAACCUGCUAUUCGAACGUUUGAAUUUGCCAGUGGGUUGGAUUUCAUUCAAAAUGCUGAUUCAGAAAUGAAAUUGCUUGAGAUUCUGUUGGACUCCCUUUGUAAAGAAGGGCAUGUUGGGGUAGGUUCAGAAUACUUUUCCUAUACAAGAGGAUUGAAAUCCAAUUGGAUUCCGUCAGUUCGUGUUUAUAAUAUAUUGAUGAAUGGAUGGCUUAGAUCUAAGAAUCUGGAGUGUGCAGAAGCACUUUGGGCAGAGAUGAAGAAGGAGAAUGUGAAGCCUACUGUUGUAACUUAUGGUACCCUUGUGGAAGGAUAUUGCAGGAUGCAGCAGGUUGAGAGGGCAAUGGAGUUGAUUGACGAGAUGAAGGGAGAAGGGAUCGAGUCAAAUGCGGUUGCGUUUAAUCCGAUAAUUGAUGCGUUGGCCGAAGCAGGUAGAUUUGAGGAGGCUUUAGGGAUGCUGGAACGGUUUUUGGUCGGUGAAUGUGGGCCCACUAUCUCCACUUAUAAUUCCUUGAUAAAAGGGUUUUGCAAGGCAGGAGAUCUUGUUGGUGCGAGUAGGAUCAUCAAAAUGAUGAUAAGCAGGGGUAUUGUCCCAACCCCUACAACUUAUAACUACUUCUUCUGGUACUUCUCCAAAUCUGGUAAAAUUGAGGAGGGCAUGAACCUCUAUACCAAGAUGAUAGAAUCUGGCUACACCCCAGAUCGUCUCACUUACCAUCUUCUGCUAAAAUUGUUGUGUGAGGAGGAGAGACUUGAAUUGGCAGUGCAGGUUAGCAAGGAAAUGAAAUCGAGAGGCCUUGACAUGGAUCUAGCGACUAGCACGAUGUUAAUUCAUCUGCUUUGUAGAAUGUACAAAUUUGAGGAGGCUGUUCUAGAGUUUGAGGACAUGAUAAGGAGGGGUGUAGUUCCGCAGUACCUUACCUUUCAGAGAUUAAAGGAUGAGUUGCACAAGCGCAGCAUGACUGAACUGGCGUGCAAAAUACGGGAUUUGAUGUCCUCUGUGCCUCAUUCUACAAAUCUGCCGAGCAAAUACAGCAGGCAAGGGGGUUUGCCACGUGCCAGGAAAAUGUCGAUCAUGCAAAAAGCUGAAGCUAUGUCAGAUAUCCUAAAGGAUUGUAACAAUCCAAGAAAACUUGUUAAGCGCAGAAGUUCUUUACGCAGUGUGUCAAAUCAAACAAAUUGAGAGCUAGAGGAUAAGUGCUAAAAUGAGUUUACAGUUGCAAAAUAAAUGGGUGCUGCGGUGAAGUGAUCUUGUUCUUGACUUUGUUUACAGUCCAGUGACUGAAGAUGUCUUCAUCAACCUUUUUCUACGAAGUCAUUCUCAAGCAGUUCUGAUAAUGAGCCUGUCUCUCCUACUUUUGUAGCUUAUAAGUUAGUGGCACAGUUUCUCAAAAUUUGAUAGUGCGUAUAAAGGCACGUCGGUCGCACAUAAGUCUGUAUGUUGUUGAAAGUGGGAGUGAAGAGUCAAAGUGGCAGGUGGAGGUUAAGCGAGAAUGAUGGUGAGCUUUUGGCAGAACUUGUGAGCUUUUGAGCUGUCAGAAUUCCAUCAGAGUUUUAUGCUUGCGCAAAAGCAAAGAACUUGUGGCAGCUGUAUUAUUCCUCUUAAUUAGUAAAGCAUGGACAGGCGGCAUUUUGACAUGGUUAAUAAACUGGGAUUACCUUAUUACUAUGACUUUCCAAAAUUAUGUCCAAAGUAGGUAGUCCUGGAAUUAUGUCCAGAGUGGGGUUAGAUAAUUUGUCAAAAGGAGCACCCACCGGUUGGACCAGGACAAAUUGCAUCGCAGUCACGCACAUCUUCCACUCCACUCAACUUUCAAGAUUUUCUCUCUUGGUAGCUCAAGCUUGGUGGGUUGCUGCGUGAUUUGCGAUGGAGAUGUCCAAAGGCGGAGGUACUCUCAGCAGUACACGUGCACGGGGA